UCCAUGUCAUAUUAUCCCCCCGCCUGGCGGGCUCAGUAUGCCCGCGCGUGUUUAUGUUGACGUGAUCUGUACAUCGACACUCCCGCCAGGUGACUCGCGCCUUUGUUCUCCCCCGCCCAGGUGCGAGGGGAACACCUCGUCGCGCCGACACAUCCCGUCUCUAAGGCGCACAGCCCUGGUACCCUCCCCUACACAUGUUUACCGCCUUCACCAACCAAAGUCAGACCGCUGCUGAGGAAAAAGGGCGAUGUUUAGUAAAGUUUAACGCUGUGGGUUGUCCAUAGACCCCCUGGUUACUGAGAGAGCGGGACUCAGAGAGUGCUCACAAACGCCCCCUGUCUCCAACAAGUGUCGGACAACGGCAGAACACCUGUACUCUGUGUAAACAUCACCUGCGGUGUUUAGAACCUAGCCGUGGUGACGGGCGCGGAGCUGGGACGUGUGUGACUACAGAAGUGUAGAACACACCAGCGACAAUGUCCAGAAAACGGAGGAAUAUCCCCAUCAGAGGCCUGUACACGCUGCCGUCCGACCCUCUGACGUUAGAACAGAAGCUGCUGUUCCACCGGUACAGGAGAGAGCUGGUCACCGAGCUGUUCACGGCGCCGCCCUCACGGCUGUUCCACUAUCUCAUCGGCAAGGGCGCGCUCACUUUGCCUGACGUGCGCGUCAUCAAGGCCGACAAGGUGAAGGAGACAGCCGUGAACAAGGCCUUCCUGAAGCGGAUAGCUGCCAAGGGUGAGCGGGGGUACCUGGCGUUCUGCGACGGGCUGAGGUCCCGGCACGGCGCCUGGCAGGGGUACCUGGCCGAGCUGCUGGAGGGACAUGUCAUGUCUUUGGUGGGAGAUGAUUUCCUUCAGUUGUUGAAGGUGGUUUCCCUCAACAUCGUCCAAUACCUGCCACAAGGAUGGACGCGAUUGGUCAGGCUUCUCAACAUUACGCCAAGGGAGUUGGAGACGUGCAAGCGCCAGAACAAGUUGCGGACACACCAGGUGCUUCACGCGCUGAUGUUGUGGGUUGGGGCGCGCGUGGACCAGGACGAUCUCAUCAAACAGCUGCUGUCUGCGCUGAAGAGAAUACACUGUGCCAAAGUCGCCGACCUGGUGCAGAGCCUGUACAGUGACCUGAAGCAGAAGUACCAGGAUGAGGAGGAGGCAGAGCGGGUCAUCAGGCAGCUGGAGGAGGACCGGGAGCUGGACCAGGACCUGGGCUACAAGGGGGAGGGGGGCGAGCCGCUCAGGGUGGGGGAGGGGGAGAUCCAGCCGUGCGUGAGGUACAGCUACAACUCCACUUACUUCAGCUCGAGAGGUGCGAAUCCUACCAGGGACUUACAAGAAAGUCGGAGAAACCGGCGGGAAAAGUUAAGAACGAUCGAGGCGGCGACGCACGCUGAGGAGAUGGGGAAGAUGUUGUACCGGCCGGAGUCGGGGAAGCUGAGCGACCGGCGCUCUUCGGACGGAGACAGCGGGCUGGGCCGGGAACGAGACAGCUCCCGUGCCUCCAGUUCCGCGCGCUCGAUCAGAGACGGGGCGGAGUCUCGCGCCUCCACAUCCGAGGGUCGGAUUUCCAGCCCGACCGGCUCCGACCCCGUGGUCAGCAACAACAGUUCGCCGGCCAGGAUCAGCCCGGAGGCCGUGUCGCUGUUAAAGCUGGGAAACAUUCAGGAGCAGGAGGAGGACGAACACGAGGAAAAACUGGCACUGAAUAUGGGUGCAUAGGACAGUAAAUAAAGGAAGAGCCUAGAUCAUACAAUAGAAUAGAUAUAGAAUUUAAAAGAAUUUUAGUAACGUAUAACAUAGUCUCGAGCUCGUUUGGGUUUUCGAUAGCAGUAAUGUACGUAUACUUGUAAAUGAAUGUCAUAUCAGUGAUAGUAUGAUAGCGUUGUUGCAUUUCUUAAACUUUUUUACCGUCU